AUGUCCACAUUCUGUUUUUUCUCAGGGAGAAUAGCUAUUCUAUCUGGUAUAGCUUAUAUUUUUCAAUUAUGGAGAUCUCUUUAUAUUGCAUCUUCUAUUCCCUCCAUUCUGUUCGUUGCUAUCAUACUUCCUUUCUUGUCUGAGUCCCCUCGAUGGUGUCUUAUUAGAGAAAGGAUGAGCCAGGCUAUGAAAACAAUGCACAGAAUCGCUAUACCGAUUGGAAACCACCUCCCUGAUGGCACCAUUCUUGCCCUUGAUGAAGAAGCAACUGUGUUCCAGAUAAAGUUCAUGGUGAAAGUAAAACAGAAUCGGAAUCACAAUCAGCCAUAA